ACAACAUCACCGCAGAAAGAAGGGGGGAGAGAGAGAGAGAGAGCGAGAGAGUUGUUGUUUGUUUGGUUGCUAAGAAAAGAAUCGAAGAAAGCGAGAGAAAACAAAGACAAUAAUGAUGAUGCAGCUGAGAAAACUUUGCGCACACAAUUCAUAUACUCGUCAAUGAAAUGGAUGGAUUGAAAAUCAACACCACCUUCCUCUUCUUCGACCCACCACCACCACCACAACCAUGACCACCCCCUUUAAACCCCUUCUCUUCAUUACUCUUUCUCUCUCCUCUCUCUGUCAUGGACUCCGCGACCUCUCGCCCCGCCAUCGUCAUCGACAACGGCACAGGGUAUACUAAAAUGGGUUUUGCUGGAAAUGUUGAGCCGUGUUUUACACUCCCCACAGUCGUCGCUAUCAACGAAUCGUUCGUAAACCAACCUCGAAGUUCCGGGAAAGGAAGCAAUUGGCUAGCCCAGCAUAGCGCUGGUGUAAUGGCCGAUCUCGAUUUCUAUAUAGGAGAUGAGGCUUUGUCUAGAUCUCGAUCUAAUAAUACUUAUACUCUUACGAAUCCAAUUAGGAAUGGUCAGGUCGAUAAUUGGGAUGCCAUGGAACGAUUUUGGCAGCAGUGUAUAUUCAAUUACUUGCGGUGUGAUCCAGAAGAUCAUUACUUUCUGUUGACUGAGAGCCCGCUUACUCCGCCGGAGAGUCGCGAGUACACCGGUGAAAUUAUGUUUGAGACUUUCAAUGUUCCGGGGCUUUAUAUUGCGGUGCAGCCGGUGCUUGCUCUUGCAGCUGGGUACACUACAUCUAAGUGUGAGAUGACAGGGGUUGUAGUGGAUGUUGGAGAUGGGGCUACUCAUGUUGUACCUGUUGCAGAUGGUUAUGUUAUUGGAAGCAGCAUUAAGUCAAUUCCCAUUGCCGGGAAAGAUGUUACUCUCUUCAUCCAGCAGCUUAUGCGGGAAAGAGGAGAGCAUGUUCCGCCUGAAGAUUCCUUUGAAGUAGCUCGAAAAGUGAAGGAAACAUAUUGCUACACUAGUUCCGAUAUUGUCAAGGAGUUCAAUAAGUAUGACAGAGAACCAGCUAAAUACAUCAAGCAAUAUAAAGGAAUCAAACCAAGGACAGGGGCACCAUACUCGUGUGAUAUCGGCUAUGAACGAUUUCUUGGUCCUGAGGUUUUCUUUAGUCCUGAGAUUUACAGCAGCGACUUUAGCACCCCUUUACCAGCUGUAAUAGACAAGUGUAUUCAGUCUGCACCAAUUGACACAAGAAGGGCAUUGUAUAAGAAUGUAGUGUUGUCUGGGGGAUCCACAAUGUUCAAAGACUUCCACCGAAGGUUGCAACGAGAUCUAAAGAAGAUUGUGGAUGCUCGUGUUCUUGCAUCUGAUGCUCGGCUUGGUGGAGAAAUAAAAGCACAACCGGUGGAGGUCAAUGUAGUCAGCCAUCCCAUCCAGAGGUAUGCGGUCUGGUUUGGAGGCUCUGUCCUUGCAUCAACAUCAGAAUUUUUUUCGGCUUGCCAUACGAAAGCAGAGUAUGAAGAAUAUGGAGCAAGCAUUUGCCGUACAAAUCCUGUUUUCAAGGGGAUGUAUUGAUGUGAUGAGAGACCUAUUUCAGAGGAUGUUGUAAAGGCAUUUCAUGAUUGUAAUGCUUAAUCAAAUGCCUCAUCUUUCCCGCCUCUAACACGCUCCACGGUUUCAUUUCCGACAUCCAAUCCAUUUCUGACAUCCAAUCCGAUCUUCGCUUGACGUUCCUGUGUAAUUACGGAUUUAGCCCCUGGGAGGCGGUGUACAAUAGAUGUCCAGUCUCAACUGUAAGAGAAAUGAGUCUCUUGUAAUUCUUUCAUUAUGAAACAAGAAGUCUUUGUUGGAUUAGAUAAAAAGAGUCAUCAUUUAGUCGAAGGCUGAUAAGAAUUUUUCAGUUUUUGUUGGGAGAAAUUAUUCCCUAAUAGGACAGACAGACAUUUUCUUGGUUAGGUUGUUCGAUUCAUUUUGGAUUGGAGUUGGGAGGAAUAUAGAGUUGCCAUAAUGAUUUAGUAGUUUGAUUUAUAUGUAUUUGAUCUUAACUUUUCAUCCAUGUAUGUACAUUUCCAUUUCACAUAUUCUUGAACUGUUUUGGAAAUUCUUAUCUA